CGGAGCCCGGGCAUUGUGGCAGCACCGGAGCCUGGCGACAGAGCCAGGCUGAGCUGGCACUCACCCACAACCCCCCUUCCCUGCUAUGAUGACCCGUCAGUAGCAGGUUACAGAACCCCCGGGGGCAUGUAGGCAGAGCUAGCGGCAGCCAGGUGCAUAGAGCCACAAGAGCUCUAGGGCACUCUGGGGGCAGUUCUGCCUGCUGCACUCUGGUGCCCGGGGAAUGCCCAGCUGCCGGGUGAGCUGGUAAGGACAAGAACGUUCCCUUUUGGCCCCAGCCCGCUGCAUCCAUGGCGCUGCUGGCCAGUCUGGUGCUCCUGUGCUGCUUGGCACUCCUGGCGCUGCCAGCCCAGAGCUGCGGGCCCGGCCGUGGGCCGGUUGGCCGGCGCCGCUAUGUGCGCAAGCAGCUUGUGCCGCUGCUCUACAAGCAAUUUGUGCCCAGCGUGCCUGAACGGACCCUGGGUGCCAGUGGGCCAGCCGAGGGGAGGGUUGCAAGGGGCUCCGAGCGCUUCCGUGACCUGGUGCCCAACUACAACCCUGACAUUAUCUUCAAAGAUGAGGAGAACAGUGGCGCAGACCGCCUGAUGACCGAGCGUUGUAAGGAGCGGGUGAAUGCACUGGCCAUUGCUGUGAUGAACAUGUGGCCUGGGGUGCGCCUACGGGUAACCGAGGGCUGGGACGAGGACGGCCACCAUGCUCAGGACUCACUCCACUACGAAGGCCGUGCCUUGGACAUCACUACAUCAGACCGAGACCGCAAUAAGUACGGGUUGCUGGCUCGCUUGGCAGUGGAAGCCGGCUUCGACUGGGUCUACUACGAGUCCCGCAACCACGUCCACGUGUCGGUCAAAGCUGAUAACUCGCUGGCAAUCCGAGCAGGCGGCUGCUUUCCGGGAAAUGCCACUGUACGCCUGCGGAGUGGCGAGCGGAAAGGGCUGCGGGAAUUGCAUCGUGGGGACUGGGUCCUGGCGGCAGACUCCGCAGGCCGGGUGGUGCCCACGCCGGUGCUGCUCUUCCUGGACCGAGACUUGCAGCGCCGGGCCUCUUUCGUGGCCGUGGAGACUGAGCGGCCCCCCCGCAAACUAUUGCUCACACCCUGGCACCUGGUGUUCGCCGCUCGAGGGCCAGCGCCCGCACCGGGCGACUUCACACCGGUGUUCGCACGCCGGCUGCGUGCAGGGGACUCAGUGCUGGCGCCCGGCGGGGACGCGCUGCGCCCAGCGCGCGUGGCCCGUGUGGCUCGAGAGGAAGCCGUGGGCGUGUUUGCGCCAUUAACAGCGCAUGGGACGCUGCUGGUCAAUGAUGUCCUGGCCUCGUGCUACGCGGUUCUGGAGAGUCACCAGUGGGCUCACCGCGCCUUUGCUCCUUUGCGCCUGCUGCACGCGCUGGGGGCGCUGCUUCCUGGAGGGGCAGUGCAGCCCACAGGCAUGCAUUGGUACUCCAGGUUCCUCUAUCGGCUGGCCGAGGAGCUGCUAGGCUGAGAGAUCUAGGCACAGCAACCUCGAGGCGAGGCGCCCGCCUAAAGGAGGGCGUAGGGGCAGAGAUCUAGGGAUGUGGGCAGAGGAUGAUGUUGAUUGGGAGGGAGGGAGGGAGGAAUAGGGGGAAAAGGCGACACGGGACUGCCUAGUUUAGGGGCAACCUCCAACCGAAGAGGUGGUUCCAGGUCCUAGAUAGGUGGGGUUGAUAGUGGGUACUCCUUGACAAAGACUAUUUCGCCUCUUCUUACCCAGUGCCUCAGCCCUACCCGAUUAUUUUAUUUUAUUUUAUAUUUAUAAAUUAUAAUAUAAUGAUCUGCUUGCCCAGCCUGGCAAGAUGAAGGCCUGGGCACAGCGUUAACACUGACUUAUACAGCCAGCCAAUCUGAUGUCUGACAUUUUCACACAGGUGGGCUAAUAAAGGGAAAGCUUUCAGGAGAUUAUUGGAAAA